AGGAAGUGAAGAGCGGUUUUUGGUGGUGGUGGUCGAGAAAAGAGAGCUUUUUCUCUGUGAUCAGAUUUCUCAGAGUGAAAUCAAUCGAGCGGGAAAAGAUUGUUGCUUUUUGCCAUGGGAGUUGAUGAGCUGUCUCACCUCAAAUUCUCUCUUCUGCUAGAAUCAUCAGCCUGCAAUGAUUUGUCUGGUUUUAAGUCUCUAGUUGAAGAAGAAGGUCUUGAGAGCAUUGAUGGCUCUGCUUUGUGGUAUGGGAGGAGAUUAGGAUCAAAGAAGAUGGGUUUUGAGGAGAGGACGCCUCUUAUGAUCGCUGCCUUGUUUGGAAGCAAAGAGGUCGUUGAUUACAUCAUUAGUACUGGUCUUGUUGAUGUGAACCGGUCUUGUGGCUCUGAUGGUGCUACGGCGCUUCACUGUGCGGUCUCUGGCUUGUCUGCGAAUAGCCUUGAGAUCGUUACUCUUCUGCUGAAGGGCGCUGCGGAUCCGGAUUCUUGUGAUGCUUAUGGUAAUAAGCCUGGAGACAUGAUUUUCCCGUGUUUGAGUCCGGUUUUUAGCGCGAGGAUGAAGGUUUUGGAGCGUUUGUUGAAAGGAAAUGAUGAUUUUAAUGAAGUUAAUGGGCAAGAAGAUGGAGAGCGAGAGGUUGAGGUUGAGGUUGAGGUUUCAGUUUCGCCUCCUCGGGGGUCUGAGAGGAAGGAGUAUCCAGUUGAUCCCACGCUUCCAGAUAUCAAGAACGGUGUCUAUGGGACAGAUGAGUUCCGGAUGUAUGCUUUCAAGAUCAAGCCGUGCUCUAGAGCAUAUUCGCAUGACUGGACAGAAUGCCCGUUUGUUCAUCCGGGUGAGAACGCAAGGAGGCGUGAUCCGAGGAAGUACCAUUACAGCUGUGUCCCAUGUCCUGAAUUCCGGAAAGGGUCUUGUUCUAGAGGUGAUACUUGCGAGUAUGCUCAUGGUAUCUUUGAGUGCUGGCUUCACCCAGCUCAGUACCGUACCCGUCUCUGCAAGGACGAGACGAAUUGCUCGAGAAGAGUUUGUUUCUUUGCCCACAAACCUGAAGAACUGCGGCCGUUGUACCCUUCAACAGGAUCAGGUGUUCCUUCCCCACGGUCUUCCUUCUCAUCUUGCAAUUCCUCCUCUGCUUUCGACAUGGGACCUAUUAGCCCACUUCCUAUCGGAGCAUCAACCACACCUCCUUUGAGUCCUAACGGCGUAUCCUCUCCAAUGGGUGGCGGAAAAACGUGGAUGAAUUGGCCUAACAUAACCCCUCCUGCAUUGCAGCUUCCAGGGAGCAGAUUGAAAUCUGCAUUGAAUGCAAGAGAAAUCGAUUUCUCUGAAGAGAUGCAAAGUCUUACUUCUCCAACUACAUGGAACAACACGCCCAUGUCAGCUGCGUCAUCUCCAUUCUCCGGAAAAGGCAUGAACAGGCUUGCGGGAGGAGCAAUGAGCCCGGUGAAUAGUCUCAGUGAUAUGUUUGGGACAGAGGAUAAUACAUCGGGUUUGCAGAUCCGACGCAGCGUCAUUAACCCGCAGCUGCAUUCCAACAGUCUUUCUUCAUCACCCGUGGGAGCCAAUUCUCUGUUUUCAAUGGAUACCUCCACAGUCUUGGCUUCAAGAGCGGCUGAAUUUGCUAAACAGCGAAGCCAAAGCUUCAUAGAACGCAGCAAUGGAUUGAAUCACCAUCUCGCAAUCUCCUCCAUGACUACAACUUGUCUAAACGAUUGGGGCUCAUUGGACGGAAAACUUGACUGGAGCGUCCAAGGAGACGAGCUACAGAAGCUCAGAAAAUCCACUUCUUUCCGUCUGAGAGCCGGUGGCAUGGAAUCAAGACUGACCAACGAAGGGACGGGGCUCGAAGAGCCAGAUGUCUCUUGGGUGGAGCCGCUGGUGAAAGAGCCACAGGAGACAAGACUAGCUCCGGUUUGGAUGGAGCAAUCAUACAUGGAGACAGAACAGACCGUGGCUUGAAUCAAAAGUUUUGAACUUUCAUUAACCGUUCCACAAGAAGCUAAGUGAGAAAGAUUCCGAGAGGUCGUUGCUAAUCUAUUAC